AUGAAGAUUAAAGAAGGCGGUGGGUUGUGGUGUAACGGCGGUGAGGAAGCUGGAGGGGCUAAGGCUGAGCUGGAUACCAUUACAAGAAGUCUGUUAGAGCCACCAGAAUUUGAGAAGGGAGAAGUGGAGGUAGUACCUUCAUAUGAGAACAAGGAAGAGAGGGAGGUGAGUAGUGUGAGACGCAAACUUAGAAAGACAAAGAAACAAAUCAAGAAAUUGGGACAAGGUCGAAGGAGAGAGAUUAAGAAGACAACAAAAACAAAGAACAAAAAGAAGGAAAAGAAGGUUGACGAUAGAGAGUUCAUAUGGAAAGAAAACACAAUAGAGGAUGGCACAGAUGAUGAUAUGGAGUCAAAAGCAAAUAAGACAUGGCUUGUUGAAAAAAGCUUGGGCUUAUCAACAAUGAUUGAUGAAGACGCACAAAAAUAUUUGAGAAAGAUAGAUGAAGAUGCAAGGCAGGACAGUGGCGGCUAUUCAAAAAAAAGAAAAAGAGGUCCACAAAAGAAGAACGACAGUGAGAUAGGUGUUGCUUCCAAACAAGUUAAAUGA